AUGUGUCAUGGUAUCUGUCAUUUACCUCCCAUCAGUGUUUCUAGCAUAGGGGAAAUAAGGGUUUAUGAAUGGCCAAGUUUUAUCAACUUCCAACUAUCCAAAAUAACAUUACAAGGAGAGGAUGAGAGAAAAGAACAGGUAAGGAGAGGCAAAGAGGGGAGUUCAGAGGAGAAGACAGAGCAGACAAGGAGAGAGAAGUCCAGAGGAGACAGAGCAGACAAGGAGAGAGAAGUCCAGAGGAGACAGAGCAGACAAGGAGAGAGAAGUCCAGAGGAGACAGAGCAGACAAGGAGAGAGAAGUCCAGAGGAGACAGAGCAGACAAGGAGAGAGAAGUCCAGAGAAGACAGAGCAGACAAGGAGAGAGAAGUCCACAGGAGACAGAGCAGACAAGGAGAGAGAAGUCCAGAGGAGACAGAGGAGACAGAGCAGACAGAGCAGACAAGGAGAGAGAAGUCCAGAGGAGACAGAGCAGACAAGGAGAGAGAAGUCCAGAGGAGACAGAGCAGACAAGGAGAGAGAAGUCCAGAGGAGACAGAGCAGACAAGGAGAGAGAAGUCCAGAGGAGACAGAGCAGACAAGGAGAGAGAAGUCCAGAGGAGACAGAGCAGACAAGGAGAGAGAAGUCCAGAGAAGACAGAGCAGACAAGGAGAGAGAAGUCCAGAGGAGACAGAGCAGACAAGGAGAGAGAAGUCCAGAGAAGACAGAGCAGACAAGGAGAGAGAAGUCCAGAGAAGACAGAGCAGACAAGGAGAGAGAAGUCCAGAGAAGACAGAGCAGACAAGGAGAGAGAAGUCCAGAGAAGACAGAGCAGACAAGGAGAGAGAAGUCCAGAGGAGACAGAGCAGACAAGGAGAGAGGAGACAGAGCAGACAAGGAGAGAGAAGUCCAGAAGAGAAGAGAGGAAAAAUGA